GAACAACUAGACAGCAUCUUACAUUACAAUAAAGAAAGAGCAAUUAUAGAUUUAUGAAUUAAUUGCUAGAUUUUAAUAUGAUGACAUAUAUACAAAAUAUGCACCCGCAUUCAUGCGGUCAACGGUUUAGUUCAGAGAGUAAACCGCCUAUUUAAUCGCAACACUGUGACUAAGCUUAAUCAGAAAAGAGUCUCCGAUAUUGUAUUAUAAGAACUUUUGAUAUCAGAAAAUAACAGUAGUUGGUUACGGGAACUGAAAGUCCUCAGUCGAACGACAAGUGCUGACAGAACAUUAACAAUAUGGGUUGUGGUGCAGGACUAGUGAAACUUCUGUUGAUUUUGUUCAAUGUUUUGUGUUUGAUAUGUGGGGCAACUCUAGCUAUUUUGGGAACUUUAAUGGUGCUAGAUAUCAAAGAUGUUUCAAACACAAAGGAGUUGUUAACUGUGAACAGUGUGUCGAUUGUAACGCUAAUUUUGGGCACCCUGGUAUUUGUCAUUUCGCUGUUGGGUUGUUGCGGUGCCCUGUGCGGUCAACCCUGUCAGCUUCGCGCGUACUCGCUAGUUAUGUUAAUUUUAUUUGCUUGCCAAAUAACCUUUGUCAUCUAUGUCUGGAUGGAAUAUUACGAAAUACGCAACCAUGUGGUUAGUUUUGUAAAAAUUAUGUGGAAACAACGCGAGACAGAUGGCAGAAUUCUGCAUAGAUUGGAAAGACAGUUAAAAUGCUGCGGCAUGAAUGGUUUCAUAGACUACAUAAACAAUGGUGAACGUCUUCCCGCAUCCUGCUGUGGCUUGCCAAACAGUCAAACUUGCCCGGAACCUUUAUUUAAAAGGGGUUGUAUAGAUGCUUUUGCCCAUGUGUGGGAUUCGAGUGCGAAAGUUGUCAAAAUCGGAGUACUUAUUGUAUCCGGAGUGAUUUUAAUGGCUAGCAUGUUUGCCAGCUAUUUGGCCCACAAAAUACGCAGGGGCCACGAGUUCGAAUACUAUUAAUAAAAGUUGGUACAGAGAUAGACAAGUGCUUUUAAACUAAAAUAUUUUAUAAUCGCCAAUAUAUCAAUUUAAUUAUUUUAUAACCAUUUCGUUUUACCACAAAAUACAGGUGUCAAGUUUAAUCACAUAAGAUAAGAAUUUUUAGCCCUAUUUAAGAAUUAUGUGUGGAAAUGUGACUACGGCACGUUUUUGAAAUAAAUGUCAACAAUAAGGAGAACUAUAAGAAUA